AUGAGAGAUGAUAAGAGUACUCAAGAAAUUACGGCUGCUGACACCGACAACGAGCUGGUUUACUGGUUAACUACGUGCUUAAAUCGGUACACUGCUGAAACAAAUAGUUCUAGAUCAUACACAAGCUACACGCAAGGGCGUAACACAAUGGGUAAUAAAAGCUCUUUAUUAUUAAGAGAAGAAGAAAUUGCGCAAAUUCAAGAAGAAACAGGCUUUACUCCCAACCAAAUUGAGCGCUUGUAUUCCCGUUUUACUGCUCUGGACAAGAAUGACUGUGGUACUCUGUCUCGUGAAGACUUCCUGCGGAUACCCGAGCUUGCAAUAAAUCCCCUGAGUGAAAGGAUUGUAUCAGCAUUCUUUGCAGAAAGCCAUGAUGAUAGAGUGAAUUUUCUACAGUUUAUGAGAGUGUUAGCCCACUUUAGACCUAUUAGAAAGAACCGAGAAAAUAAAUUAAAUAGCAGGGAAGAUAAGUUGAGAUUUGCCUUUUCAAUGUAUGAUCUCGACAAUGAUGGCAAGAUCUCCAGAGAUGAGUUAUUAGCAAUUCUUCACAUGAUGGUUGGGGUCAAUAUUAGUGAAGAACAGCUGUCCAGUAUUGCGGAAAGGACCAUAAUAGAAGCCGACACUAACAAUGACCAAAUGAUAUCCUUUGAAGAGUUUGCCCAUGCCCUAGAAAGGACAGAUGUGGAACAGAAGAUGUCUAUCCGAUUCCUCAACUGA